AUGACUUCUAUACCAGGGACAGCGGAAGCAGCAGCUGCUGCACUGGCUGCAGCAGCAGCAGCGGAGGAAGCAGCAGCAGCAACCUCUACACUCGGCCCGCCCUCGUUCUCUAGCCUUGGCGGGUACUGCUACCGAAGUAAAGACAACAGCAACAAGCAGCAGCUGCUGCAGCAGCCUGAGCUGCAGCAGCAUCAACUGCAGCAUCAACUGCAGCAACAGCUGCAAACUGAGGAAGCAAAAACUAUCACACCCCCGGGAGUCCGGAGGAGCCGUCGUCUGCAGCAGCUGGAAGCGGCGAGGGAGCACCAACAGCAGCAGCAGCAGCAGCAGCAGCAGCAGCAGCAGCAGCAACGGCAGCAGGAACAGAGUGAGCAGCAAACACGCCUACAAGAGCGACUCAGCUCUGUGCUGCAACAGCAGCGGGAAUUCCCUGUCCUUAGCGUCUCUGGCGAGCCCGUCAGUUCUUUCAUGCAGCAGCAGCUACAGCAGCAGCAGCAGCAGCAGCAGCAGCAGGUGCUGCCUCCAGUUGGGCCACAGUUGUGCUGGACACGGCAGCAAACCUUUAAUUUAGAUUCUGGGGUGUCAAUACAGCGGAGCUUCCCUUCAGGCAUCGCCACCCUCCAGCAGCAACAGCAGCAGCUGCUGCAGCAACAGCAACAGCUGCUGUUGCAGCAGCAGCAAGAGCAAACAGCGUACACGUUCCAGCCAAAAUCAGAGGGAGUUACAGGGAUUUACCCCACAUAUGUCUCAUAUAACUCUGCUGCUGAUUCUGCUGCAGCAGCUGCAGCAGCAGCAGCAGCAGCUGCUGCUGCUGCUGCUACGCCUCAACUCUCACAGUCGGUCCGGCGCUCGCGGCUCAGCUAUACUCUGACGGCGAAGACACCUGAAGCAGCAGCAACAGCAGCAGCAGCAGCAGCAGAAGGAAGUGAGAAGGCUCGCAGCAACUCCCGCUGUUUGUCUCUGAGGACAGCAGCACAAGGAGUCGUCCCUGAUGUUGCUGCUGCUGCUGCCGUUGCUGCUGCUGCUGCAGGAGACUCAACGCCAGCGCUGCGCAGGCGUGCAUCUCCAGCAGCAGCAACAACAACAGCAGCAGCAACAGCAGCAGCAGCAACAGUAGCAGCAACAGGAGCAGCAACUCGCUUCUCUGGAUUGAUGCAGCAGGAAGCAGCAACACCUUCCGCUGCUUCAAGCAGCUCCUUGUCCACCCCAGUUAUCCGGCGCAACUACAACAGCAGCAGCAGCAACAGCAGCACGAGUAGUAGUAGUAGUAGUGAUGGGAUUGAAUGCAGCAGCAGCAGCAGCAGCAGAAACAGCAGGAGAAACAGCAGCAGCAGCAGCAGCAACGGCGUCAGGACAACGUGGAGCCAACUGGGUCCUUCGUGCAGCAAGAGUUUCAGCAGCUUGACAGUGCAAACAGCAGCAGCAGCAACAGCAGCAGCAGCACCAGCAGCAGCAGCAGGAAGAGGCUGUAGCAGAAGCGCCACUGGCUUAGACAGCAGCCGUCUCACUUACGAAGACCCCCUUAACUAUUACUGCAGCACCACCACCUCUGGUGGGCGCAACAGCAGCAGAAGCAGCAGCAACAGCAGUAGCAGCGACAGCAACAGAAGCAGCAGCAGCAGCAGCAGCAUCAGCAUCAGCAGCAGCAGCAGCAGCAACACCAGCGUUGCAACGCAGCACCCAGCACUUCAACGCUCAGUGUUUACACUCCACACGAAGAACGAACUGGCAGCAGCUGCGGAGCCAAGUGCAGCAGCAGCAGCAGCAGCAGCAGCCGCAGCAGCAGCAGCAGCAGCUGGACUUCCGAGGCUCUAUUGCAGCCGCAGCAGCAGCAGCGUUGUGGCAGCUGCAUCAGAUAAAGAGCUGAUCUCACUGCUGCAGCAGCAGAACCUAAUGCUGCAGCAGCACAUGCAGCAGCAGCGGCGGGAGAGGCAGUGGCUGCUGCUGCUGCUGUUUUGCUCUCUGGGGCUGCUGCUGCUGCUGGGAGUCUCCACCUUCGCGUUCUCGGAAGGAAGCGGGGAGAAGCAGCAUCGUUAUGAGCUGCUGCAGCAGUCUCACGCUGCUGCUGCUGCAGCUGCUGCCAACCCCACAUACCCCGGUGGUUUGCUGCUGCCUGCGGACUCAUCUUACUUCGCGUGGGACAGCAGCAGCAGCAGCAGCAGCAGCAGCAGCAGGCGGAUUGCACAUCCGAAGAGCUGGCGGUCGAGGACUCCAAAGGAAGCCCCUUUUAAAUCUCUCUUUUGCCUCUUCUGGGGAGGUGUCUGCUUCAUCUUAAACCUGUUGCUGUUUUUAGCCGAGUGGUUAGUUAUGAGGCCUCUGCUGUGGGGUGUACAAACUAUGCUGCUGCUGCUGCUGCGAUUUUCUGUUGCGUUGCUGCUGGUGCUGCUGCUGGGAGCGCUCGGCGCGUCUUUCCUUGCUUCCUCUCUACGCAACAGCAGCAGCAGCAGCAGCAGCAGCAGCAGCGACGCCAGCAGCAGCAGAAGCAGCAGCAGAAGAAGAGGGAAGACGGGGAGCGGGGAGACUGCAGGAGACGGUCAGGAGACCCUCAAAUUGAGCCGAAGGCGUGCGAGCAGCAAAAUUAGCAAGCGCAGCAGCAGCAGCAGCACCAGCAGCACUAGCAGCAGCAGAUGCAGCAGCAGCAUUAGAGAUGAAGCGGGUAGCUUGGCCGUAGACAUCUUAAGGAUUGCAACAAAAAAAAGUGCUGCUGGGAUCGUAGCCUCCGCUGCUGCUGUUGCUCGCCACAUCCGUUGGCGGCGGUAG